AUGGGUCGGAUUCCAUGCUGUGAGAAGGACAAUGUGAAAAGGGGACAGUGGACUCCUGAAGAAGAUAACAAGCUCUCUUCCUACAUUGCCCAGCACGGUACUCGCAAUUGGCGUCUCAUCCCAAAGAAUGCCGGUUUACAAAGAUGUGGGAAGAGUUGUAGGCUACGUUGGACCAACUACCUUCGACCUGACCUCAAGCACGGGCAGUUCUCAGAGGUGGAAGAGCAAACCAUUGUCAAGCUCCACUCUGUUGUUGGCAACCGAUGGUCCUUAAUUGCUGCACAACUUCCUGGUCGCACUGACAAUGAUGUGAAAAACCACUGGAAUACAAAGCUCAAGAAGAAGCUGUCGGGUAUGGGGAUAGAUCCAGUCACCCACAAACCCUUUUCCCACCUCAUGGCCGAGAUUGCAACCACACUGGCACCACCCAACGUGGCUAACCUUGCAGAAGCAGCACUCGGUUGUUUCAAGGAUGAAAUGCUCCACCUCCUCACAAAGAAGCCGAUCGAUUUCCAGUUCCAACAUUCUAACACAACACCCGGGAACCGCACAGCCACUUAUAUCAACAAUAAGGAAGAAAAAGAUGAUACGAUUGAGAAGAUCAAGAUUGGUCUAUCAAGGGCUAUGCAAGAACCAGACAUGUUACAUUCACAAAAAUCUUGGGAUCCUACCGGAGCAACAUCUGCAAACCUUACAGGUAACUGCAGUGCUUUUCCCUUGCAUUCUAUAUCUGGAUUUCAGUAUGGGCUGUCAACAUUCGGAAAUGAAGGGGGUGGUUCACCAUGGAGCCAGAGCAUGUGUACGGGAAGCACAUGCACAGGGGCAGACCAGCAAGGUCAUUUGCAUGACAAACUUGAUGAAGAAAUUGGAGAGGAGUCUGAGGGUGGAAAAGAGUUGAGAAAUGGAUCCAACAUAUUCAACUCAGAUAGCAUCUUGUGGGAUUUACCAUCUGACGAUCUAAUGAAUCCAAUAGUCUAA